AUGACUCGUCUGAUAAUCUUAGGAUUAUCACUGUUUGUGUUGGUCACAAGCUCCAUACAUGGUGCCGUAACUCAUGGAAUCAACUUCAUCGGAAUCGGGUAUAAUCUAUUAAAGGGUAAUCCCGAUGGGGGAGAAGGUAAUCAGGGAGGAGUUGAUCCCGGUCUCAACACCUUGAGACAUAUAUUCCAGUUGUCAUCAGGAGACGUACCACAGGAAGUUGUUUAUGAGAAAAGACAGAGUUGUCUUGACGUUAAAACAAUUGAUAUAUUUUACGGUGCUAAGUCUUAUCAAAGUAAAUUGGGUACAAACGUCGACGCUUCAGGAAAGGGGAAUGGCGGAAUCGCUGCCUUCUCUUUCAGCUUGAGUCCUCGGUUCGAAAAAGAAAGCAGUGAAACGAAGCAAAAUAGACGAGUGUUCCAAGAUGAUCAAAGCAUCUGUAAUUUGGGAAGUGCUCGUUAUGCCGAGGAAUUAGCCGACAACGAUGGUUUUUCGGUGACGAGGAACUUCGCCUCGGCUGUUUGUAAGCUACCUGUUCAUUAUGAUGUUAAAAGUUAUAUGCAAUUCCUUGACGACUGGGGCACGCACGUAACAGUUCAAGUUAAUUUCGGUACCAAAAAUAUUACCAGGUAUCAGGCAUCGCUAGCGGAGUUUUUUCAACAUGUGCAGAAAAACGGAGGAUUUGGUUUUUCAUUCGGCGGAUCGUACAUGGGAUUUGGUGCAUCGCUUGGAAUAAACUUCCAACAGUUCAAACAAAGCGACAAAUACAAACUGAAGAUUGGUCAGCGGCAGACAACUCUUCAUUCUGGUACUAUCGCUUUACCGGAACCAAUCGGUUUAAAGAUCAAAACCAUCGUAACAGCCUUGGACCCUAUGUAUUGGACGUCACCGGUAGUGAGAUCAGCAUGUCCGACUAUGAAAACUCAGAUAACCUCAAAGAGUACUAACUUCCUGAAAGCUUUAGAAGGUUAUGCUUCCUUCAAGUUGGCACCAGUUGUAACAGAUCCCGAACUAAAAAUACCCAUCACCUGGCCAUCUGGAACAUAUGGUUUAGUUAAAACAACCUCAGGUUGUCCUGCUGGUAGAGUCAAUUGGCAUCAAGGGUCAAGGCACCAGGAUACAAAUAAUAUAUUUAAUAAAAAUUCCUGGUCCAAUCCGUUACAUAUUGCAGGAUUGUUUACUCGAAAUAAAGACAUGACGUGGGAAUUCUGUAUGAAAGGUGAUACCAGAAUCAGUGAAUUUGAUGCUGAUUGGCCGGCUGGAGAUUAUUGCAUUCUGAAAUAUGGAAACUGUCCUGGUGGAUUUUCCUCGGGAUACAUUUACUGGGACGAUUCAAACUUCCGCAACAAAGAUCAUUCCUCCGGUUCCCUGCCAAAUGGACAGUUUGGUAGAGAUACCCGGAUAGACUUCUGUUGUCGUGAUGACAGUCUACCAACCCAUGACAUCUUCCUACCAACAGAGAAACCAUUUGUUCUGUUUAAAUAUACCAGAGAAUGUCAGCGUGUCCAUGGUAUGUCGGUGAGAGAAGAGUAUUUCGGUUGGGAUGAUACAAAUUGGUUCAACCAUGAUAAAGCUGGUGGCGCCCAUCCCUACGAUGAUGGCGGUCGUCAUGACCACAAACUACACUUCUGUUACUAUUAUAAGUCUGGCACCAAACUCAUCGGAUAAAAUGAAAUAGUCGCAUUUCAUUGGACAGUAAAAUAAUGUACUUCUA